AUGCUGAGACUACAUCUGAGGAGUAAAUCCACCAUGUCUGGUUCCAGUGUCAUAAAUUAUCCGCAGGAAUUCGUAAACUUUUUGAACAGCUCCCCAACUCCAUACCAUGCCGUUCACAAUAUCAAGUCGCAUCUUCAGUCGAAUGGAUUCGUGGAAUUGAAGGAAACGGAUCCUUGGGAGUCUCAUUUCAAGAAACUGGGUAAAUAUUUCGUUACCAGAAACAACUCUUCCAUCGUUGCAUUUGUCGUUGGUGGAAAAUGGAAACCAGGUAAUCCCGUAGCUAUUGUUGGAGCUCAUACCGAUUCCCCCGUCCUAAGAAUUAAGCCAAUUUCCAAGAGAACUAAUGAGGGGUUCUCUCAGAUUGGUGUAGAAUGUUACGGAGGUGGGAUUUGGCACUCCUGGUUCGACUCUGAUCUUUCUGUGGCAGGAAGAGUUAUGGUUCAAGAUAGUAAAAGCAAGAACAUCGUUUCGAGGCUAGUUGAUUUGAAGAAACCUUUGUUAAAGAUUCCAACCUUAGCUAUUCAUUUGGAUAGAGAUGUUAACACCAAAUUCGAAUUCAACAAAGAGACCCAGUUGUUGCCCAUUGCAGGUUUAUCUAUUAAGGAUAAGAAAGAAGAAACAAAGAAAAGUGAAGGAUGCUGUGGGGAUUCACAACCUCUAUCGGAGGACCAGUUCUCUUCUUUGAAAUCAAUCAUCGAGAGGCAUCAUGAAGAUCUUUUGGAAUUGAUUCGUAAAGACUUGGAACUAGAAAAUGUCACUGAUAUUGAAGAUUUCGAAUUGAUCUUAUACGAUCAUAAACCUUCCACCCUAGGUGGUAUUCAUGAUGAGUUUGUAUUUUCAGGAAGAUUGGAUAAUCUUACCUCGUGUUUCACUUCAAUGCACGGAAUCACUGAGGCAGCAGAUACGGGUUUAUCUGAAGACGAAGGAAUUCGUAUGGUAGCGAUGUUUGAUCACGAGGAAAUCGGAUCUUCAUCCGCCCAAGGCGCAGAUUCUAAUUUUUUGCCUAAUGUACUUGAAAGGAUAACUCCAUUAGCAGGUUCGGAUGAUGUUCAACAGACAUCAGCUUCCUCGUUGUUGCAAUCUGCAGCCAAAUCGUUUUUCCUAUCGAGUGAUGUUGCCCAUGCAGUUCAUCCAAACUACUCUUCAAAACAUGAAACUCAGCACAAACCACAAUUUGGUGCUGGCCCCGUCGUUAAGAUCAAUGCUAAUCAAAGGUACAUGACAAAUUCUCCAGGUUUAGUAUUACUCAAAAAAAUUGCUGAUGAAGCUGAAAUCCCCCUACAAUUAUUUGUUGGUGCAAAUAAUGUUCCAUGUGGCUCAACAAUUGGACCAAUCCUAGCAUCCAAAACAGGUAUCAGAACAUUGGAUAUCGGAAACCCGAUCUUGUCAAUGCAUUCUAUCAGAGAAACUGGUUCGGCCAAAGAUAUCGAACUGCAAGUGAAGUUGUUCAAAAAGUUCUUCGAAAGAUACUCUGAACUUCAGCAUACUAUCGAAGUCUAA